AUGUGUGUGUGUCAGGAGCAGAGUGUGUGUGUCAGGAGCAGAGUGUGUGUGUCAGGAGCAGAGUGUGUGUGUCAGGAGCAGAGUGUGUGUGUGUGUCAGGAGCAGAGUGUGUGUGUCAGGAGCAGAGUGUGUGUGUCAGGAGCAGAGUGUGUGUGUCAGGAGCAGAGUGUGUGUGUCAGGAGCAGAGUGUGUGUGUCAGGAGCAGAGUGUGUGUGUCAGGAGCAGAGUGUGUGUGUCAGGAGCAGAGUGUGUGUGUCAGGAGCAGAGUGUGUGUGUCAGGAGCAGAGUGUGUGUGUCAGGAGCAGAGUGUGUGUCAGUCAGGUUGUUCAGCAGCAGAGUGUGUGUCAGGAGCAGAGUGUGUGUGUCAGGAGCAGAGUGUGUGUGUCAGGAGCAGGAGCAGAGCAGGUGUGUGUGUCAGGAGCAGAGUGUGUGUGUCAGGAGCAGCAUGUGUGUGUGUCAGGAGCAGAGUGUGUGUGUCAGGAGCAGAGUGUGUGUGUCAGGAGCAGAGUGUGUGUGUCAGGAGCAGAGUGUGUGUGUGUGUCAGGAGCAGAGUGUGUGUGUCAGGAGCAGAGUGUGUGUGUCAGGAGCAGAGUGUGUGUGUCAGGAGCAGAGUGUGUGUGUCAGGAGCAGAGAGUGUGUGUCAGGAGCAGAGUGUGUGUGUCAGGAGCAGAGUGUGUGUGUCAGGAGCAGAGUGUGUGUGUCAGGAGCAGAGUGUGUGAGUCAGGAGCAGAGUGUGUGAGUCAGGAGCAGAGUGUGUGUGUCAGGAGCAAAGAGGAGCAGAGUGUGAGAGUCAGGAGGAGCAGAGUGUGUGUGUCAGGAGCAGAGUGUGAGAGUCAGGAGGAGCAGAGUGUGUGUGUCAGGAGCAGAGUGCGAGAGUCAGGAGCAGAGUGUGAGCAGAGUGUGAGAGUCAGGAGGAGCAGAGUGUGUGUGUCAGGAGCAGAGUGUGAGAGUCAGGAGGAGCAGAGUGUGAGAGUCAGGAGGAGCAGAGUGUGUGUGUCAGGAGCAGAGUGUGAGAGUCAGGAGGAGCAGAGUGUGUGUGUCAGGAGCAGAGUGCGAGAGUCAGGAGCAGAGUGUGUGAGUCAGGAGCAGAGUGUGUGUCAGGAGCAGAGUGUGUGUGUCAGGAGCAGAGUGUGUGUGUCAGGAGCAGAGUGUGAUAGUCAGGAGCAGAGUGUGAGAGUCAGGAGGAGCAGAGUGUGUGUGUCAGGAGCAGAGUGUGAGAGUCAGGAGGAGCAGAGUGUGUGUGUCAGGAGCAGAGUGCGAGAGUCAGGAGCAGAGUGUGUGAGUCAGGAGCAGCGUGUGUGA